AUGAGCGACUCCAGCCUGACGGAGACGGACACCCAGGCGAGCCGCACGGCGGCCAGCCAGUCGACGUCGACGCCGUCCGUCAGCGGCAGCGCCGACACCUGCACCAGCCCAAGUGGCGGGAGCUCAGCCAGUGGAAGUGGCGGUAACAUCAUGAUGGACGACCUCUGGGUCGCGCUGCCAAAGCCCAGCCAGAACCACGUCCCGGAGUCGCUGCCGGACCGCAUCCGCCGCAUCAGAGUCGACCUGGAGGAGCUCGAGGUCUUUUACAGCGUCUCCGUGUCGCCGGGCCGCCACGAGCGUCUGCGCCGGUACUUUUCAGACGAGCUCAAGGCCCUGUUCAGCCUCGACUUUGAGGCCAUGAGCCAGUCCGACAAGGUCGACUUUUUGCUGCUGCGCAACUUUUUGCGGCGCAAGUCCCACUGGCUGUACGCCCAGAAGGAGUCCAACAAGGAGAUCCAGCGCCUGAUUCCCUUUGCCCAGCUCAUCACGGCGCUGUGCGAGGCCCGGCGGGACGUUGACCCGAUCAACAACGAGCGCGUGGCCCAGCAGCUCGACGACAUUGCCAAGCUGGUCAGCCAGGUCAAAGAAGGCAUUGAGAACGACCGCAUCAAGAUCUCCAAGACGGCGGCCUACAAGGCGUCCAAGACGGUCACCGAGCUGCGCGGCCAUCUGCAGGAAUUCUUCAGCUUCUAUGCGUCGUACGACCCCAUGUUCGACUGGUGGGCCGCGGCGCCAUGGAAGGCCGCCGACCUUGCAUUGUCGCAAUUCAUCCCGCUCAUCAAGACCAAGCUGGCGGGGAUGCAUGAGGGAGAAACUGGGGACAUCAUUGGCGAGCCAAUUGGCCGGGAGGCGCUGAUCAACGAGCUCGAGGCCGAGAUGAUUGUCUACUCGCCCGAGGAGCUCAUCAACCUGGCCAAGGAGCAAUUCCAGUUCUGCGAGGCACAGAUGAAGACGGCGUCCGUCGAGCUUGGCUACGGCGAUGACUGGAAGAAGGCCCUGGACUCUGUCAAGAAGCACUUUGUCCCUCCUGGCGAACAGGCAGGCUUUGUGAAGCAGCUGGUCCGCGAGGGCUCGUCCUUUGUCAAGGAGCACGAUCUCGUCACCGUCCCCCCGUUGGCAGAAGAGGUGUCCCGCAUGACCAUGAUGAGCCCCGAGAUGCAAAAAGUCGCGCCCUUCUUCUUGGGUGGACCGCUCAUCAUGGUGUCGUAUCCCACCGCCGACAUGUCGCACGAGCUGAAGAAGAUGGUGAUGCGCGGCAACAACAGACACUUUGCCCGCGCAACGGCGUUCCACGAAAUGAUCCCCGGCCACCGCCUCCAGCUCUUCAUGUCCGAGCGACACAACAGCCACAGGCAGCUCUUCACGACGCCCUUUAGCAUCGAGGGCUGGGCCAUGUACUGGGAGUACGUCUUCUGGGACCGCGGCGACUUUUUCGAAUCGCCAGAAGACCGCAUCGGCACUCUGUUCUGGCGAAUGCACCGCUGCGCCCGCAUCAUCUUCUCCAUCAAGUUCCACCUGGGACAGAUGACGCCGCAGGAGUGCAUCGACAUGCUGGUCGACUGGGUUGGCCACGAACGGUCCACGGCCGAAGGCGAAGUCAGACGGUCCUUCAACGGCGACUACGGCCCUCUCUACCAGGCCGGCUACAUGGUCGGUGCCGUGCAGCUUUUCGAGCUGCGAAGGGAGAUUCUGAAGAACGGCCACUUGACCGAGAAGGAAUUCAACGAUGCCUUCCUCAGGGCCAACUUUAUGCCCAUUGAGCUGUUCCGAGCGCUGGUUCUAGAUUUGGAGCUACAUCCCGAUUAUACGCCCAAUUGGAAGUUUUACGAAUAA